CCUGCUGGAUUAAUUAAACCAUGAGCACCUCUGUAAUCAACUCCAGCCUACCAUUCAAUCACACCUCUUCUGACUCCGAUCUCCCGCCCUGGUACCAGCAUGACGAGUGCAAAGAGGUGCCCGGUGGGUUUGUGUUCUACUACCUGGUCAAGGUCUUUAAUCUGGCUGUAGGCUUUCCCUCUAACAUUACGGUGAUGUGGCAAGUGGCCAGAAAGAAGAGUGACUCUUCCACCUCCGACAUCUUCAUCUUCAACCUGGCCAUCUCUGAUGCCUACUUCUGCCUGAUGACCCCCAUCGAACUGGUGAACAGCCUGCUGCUCAAUGACAAGCAUAUAUGGUACUUCCAGCGCUUUGCUUUUGGUAUCAAGGACACCACCCCGCUCUUCCUCACCUGCAUUUGCCUGGACCGCUACUUAGCCGUGGUCCACCCCAUUGUGUUCACCAGUAUCAGGGACAACAAGAUCAGAGUGGCCUUAUCCAUGCUGGUGUGGGGGCUAAUGCUGGCUUACGCCCUCAGCAAGUCCGUUUUGGGAAGAGACAAGACGAUCAAUGUCUUCACCGGGCUGAUCCUGGCUGCCUUCACCAUCAUGGUCUUCUGCAACCUCUCUAUCAUCUGGAUUCUGAGGAAGUCGGUCAUGGGCAAAGAGAAGAUGCACCCCAUGAAGAAGAAAGCCUUCAGAACAGUGCUCAUCACUCUGGCCAUCAUCGUCUUUAACUACCUGCCCCCAGUGGCUCUUUUUCCCUUCACAGAGUACUACAGCAUUGUGGAAUUCAAGUGUCAGAUCAGCAUUACUGUCUACUCCAUCAUGGACCUCAGCUCUAGUAUCGGACCCCUGCUCUACAUGUCCAAGAUGAAGCGGCCCCAGUGUCUCGCCAACUGCCCCUGCAGCUGCUGCCAAAGCCCCUCGGAAGAGUCGCAUGACGUAAGCACAUGA